UGCAUAAAGACGUUGCCCCCCGAUCUCGAACCAAUGCGUGGAAGACAACAAAUGACGCCACUUCCGGGUUACUGGGAAGAGCAAAAGACAGCUGGGAUGUUUUCAUCAAGGGGCAUUGAAAGUGAUUAUUAAAGCACCAGCAGAAGACAGCAGUGAAAAAAGUCAAAACGAAGGAAAGAUUUUUGAGACAGAGCAAUGGAGUCACCAGUGUGCCAGGAUGGCCGAACGUUUAUGGAGGUGAUCAAUGAAAAGUACAGUCCAGAGAACUUUCCGUGCCGUCGAGGCUUGGGCAUAGGGGUAGUGGUGCUGCCCACUGCAUGUCCCCAAGGGUCCCCCAUGAAAGACCGCUUGAACUUGCCCAGCGUGCUAGUGUUGAAUGGAUGUGGAAUCACCAAGGCAGGAGACCAGAGUGAAAUUGCAGCCUUUUGUGCCCACGUCAUGGAGCUGGACCUGUCCCAUAACAACUUUCAAGACUGGCAUGAGGUGCUGUCUCUGGGUCUGUUCAUUUAUUCAUUUUCAGUAUUUCCAGAGAACACGGAAAUGAUCAAAGACAGGGUGAUGCAUGUUGUAAUAAUUGCACAUGGCUCCCAUGUCGCCCAUGAGCUCAGGUUUUUUUUCUUUUCUCCGUUUUUUGUUAGCACGCAAUCCAGUAGAAACAGAAAAAAAACAUGUCAUAUCGACACUACCUCUUUUCAGAUUGGAAAAAUUGUUUCAAACAUCCCCAAUCUGGGAUUUCUUAAUCUGAGCUCCAACCCGCUAGCAGGGAUGACCCUUGAGCCGCAGUGCGCUGAAGCCUUUUCUCGGGUCCGGCGCCUCGUCCUUAACAACACCCAAGUGUCCUGGGACACUGUGAUGCUGCUCACCCGUGAGAUCCCCGAGCUCGAGGAGUUGUUCCUGUGCCUUAAUGAGUACAGUGGCGUGCGAGCCUCCAGUGUGGUCUGCCCUAGCCUCCGCCUGCUGCACAUCACAGACAACAAUCUACUCGACUGGGGUGAAGUACGCAAGUUUGGAUCAAUGUUCCCUGGGCUGGACACUCUGGUCAUGGCCAACAACAAUUUAGCGUCUAUACAGGACAGCAAAGAUAUCCUGCAACGGCUCUUCCCCAACCUUCGCAGCAUCAACCUCCACAACUCAGGUCUUAAUCGAUGGGAAGACAUUGAGAAAUUGAACUUCUUUCCUAAACUGGAGGAAGUGCGAUUACAAGGCAUCCCCUUACUGCAAACAUACACCAACAAGGAGCGGCGCAGCCUGAUGAUUGCGCAGCUUCCCUCUAUAUCACUGCUGAAUGGAAGCCUUGUAACGGAAAGCGAGAGAGAAGAUGCCGAGAGGUUCUUCAUCCGUUACCACUUGCACUGUCCUGAGGAGGAACUGCCUCGCCGAUACCAUUGUCUGGUAAACAAGUAUGGGAAGUUGGAACCUCUGGCUGAGAUCGAUCUCCGACCACGCUGCCAUGCUCAAGUUGAGGUUCACUGUGAAGAAAAAGUGGAACAGCUAAACAUCCGUUUAGACCAGACGGUGGCCGAGCUGAAGAAGCAACUGACGUCAGUAGUGCAGCUUUCCACCAACAGCAUGAGGCUCUAUUACAUCGACAGGAACAGUGCCUUUGGCCCGGACGAACUCAAGUACAACACGCGAGCUCUUCACUCUUAUAAUAUCCAAGAUGGUGAUGAGAUACUUGUUGUGCCCAAGUCCAAGUGAACCACUGACUUGCACUUGGCUAUUUUCUUUACUGAACAUUUAGUUGGAUUAAUUGGAGAUUGGAAAAUGAUUACAAAAUGUAUGUAUAUCUCGAGGCUCCGAAGCCUGCGUGAUAAUAUGAAGAGUCGAACGAGGAUGAGUUUCAUCUCGGUUUCUCAGCAGUGGACCUCAGGUAAGCUGCUAGGUUGCCACUUUGGGUAGGAUUAUGUCUUUAUUUACUGUAUUAAGUUAUAGUUUAUGGCAUUCGCAAAGUGCAGGAAAUGGAGGACGGCUCGAGAAAGGAAACUUGCAGGCAGCUCUGAGCUUCUGGUGGGAUGGCACUGCCGCAGCUUUCUAUCUGCAUGAACGCACCACAACUCCAUCGGCGAGUACACAUCACUUGUUUAACUAAAUUGCGGCAAAAGCUUCAGUGAACCAUUACGAAGCACUACUGCUGAGUUGAGCUGAUGAUAGAAAAAGUGUUGAGAACAGUAUUGUUUCACAAUUUCACAAUUGUGACUUAAACAGCAUCUGAAAGACAUCUUCAUCCAUUUUGUCCUAUCGUGGUUUAUUUAAUGGCGGUGGCGCAAAACCAUGUUAAAUGUUUCUACCAAAAUAGAUCAUUCUGUUCUGGGAUGAGAAAAAUCUUAAUGGAUGGAUGUUAUUUAAAAAUAAGACAUACAGUGGAACCUCGAUUGUGUGAUUUAGUAUGGUCCAAAAAAGUCCGACUGAAAUCGAAUAGUAUGGCACCCAAAGCUAUAUUUCCCAUAGGAAAUAAUGUAUAUCCAAUUAAUGUGUUCCAGACACCUAAAAAUAUGAACAAAAACAUUUUAUAGCUUGUGACUACAUCGUUAUAGACAAAAACAAUGUGAAGUAAAUAUAAGGGACAACUGGAUAGGAGAGAUGAACAUUUAACAUUACUUUUAACUUCUUUCUUCUUGAAUUCUACGGUGUUGGCACAGACUUUUCUGUUAUAUUGUGUAAAAAGAGUUCAACAGACAGCCUGGCAUAAUCCACAAUGUAAGCUUUUAUGAACAACUCAAGGCAAUGACAACAAUUCCGCUCUGCUCAGCAACAAUUAGAGCAUUUUGAUCAUCAUAAGUGUAACGUCCUGUUAAAUGUGAAAAGUGAACCAGUAUAUUAUACAAUUCAUCACACUUGCUUUGAUGGCUAUUGGCAGUCGCACUCAAAUUAUUUAUUCGUUGAGUGAAAAUGAAACACCGUGAGCAACUAUUAUAAUACUGCAUGCUUUCAGUUUUGACAGGAUGUUACGUCAAUGUUGCCUGGGCAUUACAAUUGACUUGGGAGAGUUAUUAUCUUGAACAUGCAUCCAUUUUAGGAAAUACUGUAUGGAAAAAAAAAAGGCAAGCAAGGUUCCACUGUAUUCUAUAUACAUUGUAUUGUUUUGGAAUUGAGCUGAAAAUCAUUCCCGCAACUCUGUGAAAAAGUUCUAGCAUUUAGUAUCAUGACACCAUUCUUUGUGAGCUAAAGGUCCAUAGAUUACUUAUCUUUUAUCAUUCCUAGAAAUUGCAUAUCAUGCAUAUUUAAUUUACUGUCAAUGGAACAAAUGGAGCAGACUGACUCAAACCACUAUGGUGGUUUCAAAGAGUACACCUUUGUAAAGACUAGAAAACUUAGUGAGUCCACUCCGUUUAACAUCACAGAGCUGGCCCAAUCUCUUCUCAUAGUUUUCUAUGAGAUGUAAAAAAAAAUCAAAUGUCAUGAAGCGACCAUUCAGGUGUUGUGUGCUGCCCUCUAUAGGCUUUGCCUCAAAAGUCAUUGACGUCUAAACUGUGAGGUUCACUUGGACCUUCCAAUCCAAUGAAAGCCUGUGCAGUUUGAAUCUCAUGACAUCUAAUUUACCUACUUGUACAACCUCUUAUUUGUUUUUUGAGGAGUAGCACCAAGUAUGGUAUUUUUAUGUACAUUUUGAGAAUUAUGAUUUAAAAAAAAAACACACCAAAAAUAUUGGAACAGUGAGACCAGUUCCUUUAGUUUUGCAUGACAAUAAGAACAAUAUUACUUAGUUAAUGACUGUGUAGAAACUGGGGGAAAAAACUAACUGCACUCUUAGAUAAGUCCAUGAAAAAGGAAUGUCUUGGUUCUCUAAAUCUGCUCAUGGUUGUUAAUGCUCAGAUUUACGUUCCUCCAUGUUGCUGCUCUUCAUGUUUUUUGUCAGGAACUUUUCCCCACCGCAAACGCCCCCAAGAUUUCAAUCUUUCAAUAUAUUAGCGGCAGUUGACUUUAGCUCACUCUUUCUUUUCAUGUAAUCCACAGAGGUUAAAAAAAAAAAAAAAAGCCUAUUUUUACAAAAUAAUCUUUUGAAAUUGAUGGGAUAAUUUGGGUAAAAGUCAUUUGAAGAAAAAGAUAUUGAUGCAAAUAUGGAUUCAUCUACCCAAGUACAUUAAGCAUUCUUUCCCACAACUGAGACUCAUGUUUAUAAAAAUGCAUUCAUGGUUUGACAUAAAUGAACCAGACUCACUGUUUCAAUACUUAUAAAAUGUAACUACUUACUAUUUCAUCUUUAAACCACACAAACUAAUUUUAGAUGCUCUUCUUUCUAGUGUCACAUUCACCUGCUUGCCCCCCCCCCCCCCCCCAAAAGAUGACAUUUUGUUAGUUCUCAUUGAAUAUUUGAUUUUCUAUUUAUUUGAACAACUGCACUAACUAGCAACUAACAGUUCCUGGUUGUGAGCAGUUUAAUAACUAUGCGAAUACAUGCUGCAUUCAAAUCAUAUAGAUGUCGCUGAGUUCUGGGAACCUUUGAUAAACACUGCUUAUUUUUGGUAUGGUGUUUUAUACACCACCCUAUCCAAUGAUAUUUGCUUUAGAACUUAAUAAGAUUAUACAGUAUUUUUUAUUUAAUCAUGCCAGUGCUGUAACUGAAUAUCAGGAAAUAUAAUCAAUAAAGCUAAAGUGUAAAGGUAUGGCACUUGCUUAGAGCAGGUCCAAUGUUAAUUUUUGAGUUAGUGAUAGUAUAACGUGAACCACAAGUUCUUGCACAGUGAGUCCAAUACUUAAAUGCAGCAUCAGCAUCUGAGUGUAGAUCCAAUAGUAGUGUUAAUGAGCGAGUGAUUAGUGUGAUGCACACAAAUAUUUGCUGGAUGGAUGUUUUUUUGCAUCAGGCAUGUUUAUUGAUUAUGAUAUGUUUGCAAGGAUGGUUUUAGUGCUAUUCCUGCUGAAUAAACUUCACCCAAAUUUUGUAAUGAGCGUUGACUAACUGGUAGCUGCUACAUAGUACUUUUUUUUGGUUUUAUUCUUUUUUUUUUUUUUCAUUUGUUUAUUUGUAUGUAUGUUCCUUUUAAAUCACUGUACUUUCUCCUGGAACCACAUACACGGUCAACCCUGAAAUGCUUGAAUGAAAAAACUAUAUUAUUAAAGAUUCACAGUCAUGUAGUGAAAUCUAAGGUAUUUAGCAUUUACUGCGGCUUCUUCAUUAUUUAUGGGUGGGGAGAAAUUUAAUUGAUAGUGGUCCAACAGUAUUACCAGUCUGCCACAUUGAGGAAUAUGACCAUGAUGUUAUCUAAUGAAAAUGACUAUUUUGCACUAAAUCAUUAUAGUUAAUGAAAUACACCUACAUCAAUGUAUGGAGCCUCAUCUAUGAUUUUUUGUUGUUGUUUAGUUUAAAAAAAAAAAAAACGAGUGAACGUGUGUGAAACAUUUCACAAAUGCAAAUAAAAGAUACUGCCAGAUCA